CGGUUGUAACCCAAACACGGAAGCAGAUCAAACGCAAACGAAAACAAGUCCAGGCUUCCUCUGGAGCCACAUAAACACAUUAUUCCUCAUGAGAACAGCCAGCGUUUUAAAAAUCUAAGGCCACAUUGUGAGCUUACAAUGGCCUUUUCUUUGUUUCACGUGACCGUGCCGCUUUGUAUGGCAGUUGUAUCAGUUGCUGUCGCCAUCGUUGGUCAAAACUUGGCGAUGCCGCCCCCUCUGCCUGCUGUCCUCGGUGUGUGCUCUCUGGCCGGGAUGGCACUCUUCUGGAGAGACAUAAGCUCGAAAAUGAAGGGUGAAAACCGGACUUUUGGCAGUCUGCUCAGUCAGUAUCUGGCCGUGAAAGGUGUAGCCAUGUUGGGAAAACGGCAGAGGCGCAAACUUGAAGCCGACACUCUCAACGUGAAGCGGGUUCAGGAGGAGACUCUGCUGAAGCGCCUGCGUAAAAAUGCAGACACAUGUUACGGAAAGAAGUACCAGUUUGACCAAAUACCAGACAGUGAUAUAUUCCGUGAACGUCACCCCAUCACCACAUAUGAACACUACCGUGAUCUCAUCAGACGCAUCGCAGUGGGAGAAGAGAAAGUCCUCAUUGCUGAGAAACCGCUCAUUCUCGCCAUGACCUCAGGGACAUCUGGACCCAGCGCCAUGCUGCUCAGCACCAAGGACACUAACACUGAGUUCUUCCUGCAGGGUGUAGCUGUCUGCUUGGAGGUCAUGGGAACAGCAUUCCCUGCGACCGACAGCCUCCAGCGCACCACUAAGUUCUUCUAUUCUCCCACCUUUCGUCAAUCUGAGGCUGGUAUUCCCAUCGGACCAAACUCCUCCACACCAGCCUCCUCCCGCCACAUGCUCAACCUCUACACCACACCAGCACCCGCCUUUGAGGUCCCCAGUGAGAAGGACACCCUGUACCUGCAUCUCCUGUUUGCUCUUAAAGAUCGCAGUGUGGGAACACUGGAGUCCAACUUUGCCUCGACAGUCUUCUAUGCUUUCAGUGCUUUACAGGAUCGCUGGCAGGAGCUUGUGGAGGACAUUGAACAGGGAAAGAUCAGCGCUGCUCUGGCUCUGGAGCCCAAAGUGAGGUCGAGUCUGGAGGCUCUGAUGAAGCCAGACCCACAGAGGGCGGCUCAGCUGCGGGCCCACUUCCAGGAGGGCUUCUGUGGGAUCGCUAAACGUCUGUGGCCUCACCUCCACCUGGUGCUUGCUGUUGAUUCAGGCUCCAAUCAGAUCUAUGGAGACAUGUUGAGGGAGCACUACUGCCAGGGAGUGCCUUUCUAUUCACCGUUUUAUGCUGCGACUGAAGGUCUGAUCGGGGUGAACCUGUGGCCUCAGGAGCCAAACAGACGCUACCUGCUGUGUCCUCGCUCAAUGUUCUGUGAGUUCCUGCCAGAGAGCAGCCUGGAGGAGGAGAAGCCUUCCACUCUGCUGAUGGAGGAGGUGAAGGAGGGACAGAAGUAUGAGCUGGUUGUCACCAACGCUUCAGGACUCUUCAGAUAUCGCGUUGGAGACAUAGUGAAAGUCGUUGGAUUCCACAACCAGUGUCCCAUUGUUGAGUUUCAGUACAGACGAGGUCAGAUGUUGAGCGUUAGAGGGGAAAAAGUGUCAGAGGCGCUGUUUCUUGAUGCUCUGAAAAAAGCUGUGUCUCAGUGGCCAGGAGCUCAGCUGGUGGACUACUGCUGUGCUGAGAGUGGCAUCUUGGGAGAUUCAAUAGGUGGUUCAGAUCCUCACUACCAGGUCUUCAUAGAGCUGAAAGGUGUGAGGAACCUCACAGAGGAGCAACGAUACAAGCUGGACGUCUGUCUCCAGCAGGACUCAGCUGUCUAUAAGUCCUUCCGCACCAAAGGCAGCAUCGGGCCAAUGAGGGUGCAGCUGGUGGCAGACGGUGCAUUCAAGGAGCUUCGCAAGCGCAUGAUGGCCUUCUCGAACACCUCACCCAACACCUUUAAAAUGCACCGAGUGCUGCGGAGGAGAGAGUAUGCCGACUUCCUCUUAGGAAAAACUGUUUCCUGAAACCUGCACAGAGAAAGUUAGUGGACCCUGACUGUGGUGAGCACUCACUGAAUGAAAGCUCUCUGUUUUUAAUGAACCACUCAGCGGUGAACUGAUAACUUGUGCCUUUGGGGACUGAUGAACACCAAACACAACAUGCUCUUUUCCUUAACAUCUGAACAAAAUAUCCUUUGACUGACAUUGUUAUCUCACUUUAUUUAUUUUGAUAUUAAACUGAACUGUUGAUUGUUAACUGUUGUAUUCAAUGCUGAAUAACUGCUACAUAAACGCAUCAAACCGUG